CCCCUUCGUACUGACGUGCUGCUGUGUGUCUUGCCCGUUGGGGACUAUCAGCCAGUCGCCACGGAUUUUAGCCCCCUUUUCCCCCAUCAGCGAUGAAAUAAUGAACAAGGCGGACUGUACUGCAGGGGACGAGCUGAGGUGUGUCAUUUAUACACGAUUUUGACAUGAAGAAGGACAUAGAGGUGCUGAUAGCAGAGGAACGUGCAGAGAUUAUCUCUAAAUAUGAUAAGGAGAAGGAGUUCGCUCAUUGUUGAUCGUAAAAAACGUGAUCAGCGCUCAAGGACAAUACCUGUGGCCAUAGCUGAAGGCAGGGAGGAGGGUGUUGAGAUCGACCCUUGGGAGGAUGCAGACUACAGCAUUUACAGAUCCACCGAUCGCUUCGGCUUCCUGCACGAGGAAGAGCUCCCCACACCAACAGCGCUUGAAGAGAAGCAAAAGCAGCAGGAGAUCGAGCGGGUGCAGAAAUGGCUGAAGAUGGUGCAAAAAUGGGAGAAGUACAAGAACAGCGACAGGAUGAUGAAGAGAGUGUACAAGGGGAUUCCUCUGAUGCUGCGAGGCCAGGCGUGGAGCCUGCUGCUGGACGUAGAGAAAGUCAAGAAGGAGAAUGAAGGAAAAUACGAGAAAAUGAAAGAGCAAGCCAGGAUCUACUCCACGGAAAUCAAACAGAUUGACCUUGAUGUGAACCGGACCUUCCGGAACCAUAUCAUGUUCAUGGACCGAUUUGGAGUGAAACAGCGGUCUCUGUUCCACGUGCUCACUGCAUACUCCGUCUACAACACGGAGGUGAGUUACUGCCAGGGAAUGAGUCAGAUAGCUGCCAUUCUGCUGAUGUACAUGAAUGAGGAAGAUGCAUUUUGGGCUCUGUCACAGCUUCUGACUGAUCAGAAACACGCCAUGCACGGCUUCUUUAUCCCUGGAUUUCCUAAACUGCAGCGAUUUCAGAACCACCAUGACCAGAUUCUGUCCAAACUCAUGCCCAAGCUGAAAAAGCAUCUGGACAAGGAGCAGAUGUCCACUGGGAUUUACAGCACUAAAUGGUUCCUGCAGUGUUUUAUUGACAGGACCCCAUUCACGCUGACCUUACGCCUGUGGGAUAUCUUUAUCCUGGAAGGAGAGAAGAUCCUCACAGCCAUGGCCUACACCAUUCUCAAACUGCACAAGAAGCGCUUGGUAAAGAUGUCGCUGGAGGAGCUGAGAGAGUUCCUGCAGGAGAAGAUCGCCGAAUCCUUCGACCUCAGCGAUGAUGUUGUUAUCGAGCAACUUCAAAUCACCAUGGCAGAACUGCGUAAAAUGAAGCUGGACCUUCCCUCUCCAGCCAAGCCUGAUGAGCUGCCGCGGAAGCCGCUGGGUCUGGAACUGCCUGUAGUGCUGACCCCAGUGCGACCCCCCAAACUCGGCCAAGCUGAAGACACCCCGGACAAGAGCCAGCUGGCCAAGCGGCCGCCGGCCUCACUCCACAUCCACCUGGACCAGGAGUCCAUUCUGCCUGAUCAAACCUCCCCAGAAGACAAGCAGCCUUACCAAGACAGGGGGAACCUUUCGCCCUUUCCUUCUCCUGACCCGGUUCUGGUGCAUAACCAGAUUCCUUUUGCUCCAGAGGGAAUGAUUGGAGCUCCUGAAGAUGGAGGGGAGCAGCCACCCCCAUAUGAGCCCCCAAGAAGUGGGGUUCCACAUGGGAAGAACUUACCUGAACUAGACUCUCCAGACAAGCAUAUACAUGGUGCUUCACCUCAGCAUAUUUCCCAAGACACUUCACAACCUGCAGGGUGCAGUGCAGAGGCCGAUUCCUCUGUAGUGACCCCAGGCAAAGUCCCAUUGACAUUGUCUGUAGCCUCAGUGUCUCGUCAGCCCUCAAACCUCUCCCAAUACGAAAACCACCCAGAGGCAGACUUGGGGGGGAAAGAGGAACGGUUGGUGGGCAGUUCGGCAGAAAAAGCUGCAGCAUUAACCCGAAACUCUGAGGCUACUUUUAACCAAUCACAUUCGUCAUCCACAGCUGGACGGAGGCUGCCCAAUGUUCAUUCAGACCCGCUGCUGGAGCGCCUGCCCCAUGCCAGUCUCCCCAAAUCAGACACAUUUUAGGCCAGAAACUACUUGUUCAUUAAAUUAUUUCUGCAUCUUUGCCUUCUGUAAGGCACUUAGGGUUAGACAUGAUCAGUAUCAUUGUUUAUUAUGAGCAACAAAGCUCCAUGAUCUAUCAAAGGGAUGAUGACUUUUGUUGAUUCUAAAAUAUACUUGGAAAAAUAGUUUUAUGUUCUAAGCAUACUGUGCAAAACGCACACAAUACAACCUAUACUGUGCCUGGACAGUGAUGUUUUUGAAAACACAGUUUUCAAUGAAGCAAAUACUGUUAAUGGAAUACCAGCAUUUUUCAACCAAAUCUAUAUCUGUAGCACACAAAUUCCCUAUGAUACAAAAAAAAACAAAAAAACAAACAGAAGCCAUUGGGCAG